GUCGACGGCUGCGAAGAGUUCGCGAUCAAUGGCAGAACCGCUACGUCGGCCGGCAGUCGAGUGGCGACGGCGACGACCUGCGGACGCCUCCCUUGGGUGACCUGGACCAGGACACCUCCACGACUCAACCGGAACCCACCCAAACGGCGUGCGAAGCAUGGCCACCCAGGAGGCACCGAUGGCGGAGAAGGAGGACCUGGAUCUGAAUGGUGUGAAGCUGGAGGAACGGCCCAUCACCGGGGCCGGCGCCGUCCUGCGCAAGACCGAGGGGUUCACUCUACGCCUGUGUUUGGCCAUUGUGGCCACUGUGUUCGGUUCAGCCUUCCAACAUGGCUACAACACCGGAGUCGUCAACUCGCCGAAAACGAUUAUUGAGCAAUGGGUGAACGGCACAUACUACAGUCGGUACAGCGAGUACAUCUCUCCCGAGGGCAUCACCGGCAUCUGGUCCGUCACCGUCUCCAUCUUCUGCGUGGGCGGCAUGCUGGGCGCCAUGUUCACCGGCAUGUUCUCGGACAAAUUCGGAAGGAAGGGCGGUCUGCUCAUCAACAACCUGUUCGCCAUCAUCGGCGGCAUACUGCAGGGCUUCUCACCGCUGGCUGGCAGCUACGAGAUGCUGAUCGUGGGCCGCUUCUUCUGCGGUGUCAACUGCGGCCUGAACGCCGGCCUGGCGCCCAUGUACCUCACCGAGAUCUCGCCCAUCCACCUGCGAGGCGCCAUCGGCUCGCUGUACCAGCUUCUGGUCACCAUCUCCAUCCUCAUCUCGCAAGUUCUGGGCAUGCGCAACGUGCUGGGCACCGCCGAGCUGUGGCCGUACCUGCUGGCGCUCACCAUCGCGCCUGCCAUCUUCCAACUGGCCGUGCUGCCGCUGUGCCCCGAGUCGCCGCGAUUCACGCUCAUCAACAAGGAUAACGAGGUGGCCGCCACGCAGUCUCUCAGCUGGCUCCGUGGCACGCCUGAGGUCCAGGAGGAGAUUGAGGAGAUGAAGGCGGAGCACGAGGCGGCCAAGCUGACGGCGCGGGUCACCCUGCGCGAGAUCGUGACGAACCCGGCGCUCCGCGCGCCGCUCAUCAUCUCUGUGGUCAUGAUGCUGGCCCAGCAGCUGUCCGGAAUCAACGCCGUCAUCUUCUUCUCGACCGACAUCUACAAGCGCGCCGGCCUGGACGAAAUGCAGGCCCAGUCUGCCACCCUGGGCAUGGGUGCGAUGAACGUGCUGAUGACUGUGGUCAGCGUCAUUCUGGUGGAGAAGGCCGGCAGGAAGACCCUGCAGCUGAUCGGUCUCAGCGGCAUGUUCACCACCACCGUCCUGCUGACGCUCUGCCUCGCUCUCAAGGACCAGGCGCACUGGCUCAGCUACAUCUCUAUCGUGCUGGUGAUCGCCUUCGUGGUCUGCUUCGCCACCGGUCCGGGCAGCAUCCCGUGGUUCCUUGUCAGUGAGCUGUUCGCCCAGUCGGCCCGGCCCACGGCCACCAGUAUCGCCGUGGCCGUCAACUGGACCGCCAACUUCAUCGUCGGAGUCAGCUUCCUUCCGCUGGCCAACGCCAUGGGUCCGUUCGUGUUCCUGAUCUUCGCCACCGUGCUCGCCGUCUCUGUCAUCUUCACCUGGAAGAAGGUCCCCGAGACCAAGAACAAGCCCAUCGACGAGAUCACCGCUAUGUUCCGGCAGCAGGCCUACAAAUAAGCGAGACUGACACCGCUCGCCUAGUGAAUAUGGACGGCGCUAGCCGUCCGCCAGACCAGGGGGCGCUCACAUCGCUCGCCCUCGAGAAAAACGAACAUCCCGGCCUGUGGCGCUGGGCAAUUCGAGCCGCGAGUGAGCGGCAUGCUAGCCUAGCUGCUUUUAUGUUUUGUGAUAUAUGAUGAUUUCCUGAGCUAUGUGAAGCGGUCGGCGGGCAGGGAAGAGCAGGGAGGAGAGAAGGGUGGUCGCCGGCCGUUGCGUAACCUCGCUCCUCGCGCGCGUGGUGUGUAGUCUCUCGCAGUGCGCCGCUACGUGUGAUGGUCAGUGGUGCGAAGCGCUUGUUUUGUUGGCUGGUUGUGUGUGCGUGUAAGUGCGUUGUGUGAGUGUGUUGAGGCCGGAUGAAUCGGCGUGGAGUCAAGUUCAAAUGCGGGCGGGCCUCUUCCUCUCGGCGCGGUGUGGUUCUGGACUCUGACUCGGAGUCACGACUGACUCAGCUGAGAGUCGCGCCCGGCGCCGCUGGAGGCGCGGCGGAGUCUCUCCCGUGCCGCCUGUUGCUAGCGCUGUGAGACUGGCUGGUGCGCUGGCCAGCCGCGCUGUAACCAUUCGUGUUUGUGUCGGCCUGGCCGUCAUACUGUGUCAGCCGUGUCAGGUCCGCCCGGUGACACACUGUGUCUCGAGUAUUUGUCAUGUUAGAAACCCCAUGGCCAGGCGCUGAGACGCACCAAUACAGCCAGCUAAAUGUGUAA